AUGCUUGCUUCUUUGUGGUUCUAUAUGACGCCACAACCACCAAAACCAGCUAUGCAUGAUAUCGUUAUGGGAACAUGGAAUAGUGGACCUCGAAACGCAGCUGCUGGUUAUACUGGUCCCAUAUUUGGGCCUACCAGUCUUAUCAUCAACAAUGAAUGCAAUGGAGAGGACAAGGAUGAGCCAGGAGGUCCCGGUGAAUCUCGUCGAAUCAAAGCGUUCAAAUGGUUCUGCUCCUACUUCGGUGUACCUGCUGGAGCUGAUAAGUUGCUGACCUGUAAAGAUAUGCCUGUGAAACUUGAUGCACUUCGAUAUAACUACAGCUAUCAACCCGAUUGGAGCAGCACAUGGAGAGAAGAACCGUGUAAUUGUGCUCCUGCUGGUUAUGGAGGACUGAUACCGUACUUUGACCCAGCCUACUAUCCACAAAAAUUUGUCCAAAUGAACGAACGCAAUCGACUUCGAUGUGUGGCCAGCGUCUACGCUAAUCCAUCUAUGUACAGCCUCAAUAACUCCACGUCACCUUGCCUUGAUCACUAA